ACAUGAUGUGAGGCUAGCUCCACGUCGGGCGUGUCAAAUUGAGUCAAUCAAGGACAUCGACCAGCAGAUGACGUACAGCAAUCAUGAGAGGCAGAGUGGCAGUAUUCAGAGAGAGUAUCAGCAAUGUGAGGGCCGUAGUACUAGUAGGCUUGAGCAGCAGGUUGAGCGUGUGGUGUUGUGACAUGAAGGCGACAACGAGAUUUCACACGUCGCGACUUGCACGACAAACAACUACCAGGUCUGCCAUGUCUGAAUCUAGAGGGGAGCUGCUGCAGUGGCUCAAUCAGCUCACUGGGCUAGGACUCACUAAAGUGGAGCAAUGCGGCAAAGGCUAUGCAUGUGCACAGAUAUUUGACUCCAUCUACGGCGACAUGCCACUCAAGAAGAUUGACUUUAAUGCAAACGCCGAAUUCAAGUAUCUCGCCAAUUGGAAGGUGAUUCAGACGCACUUCAACAAGCACAAGAUCGACAAGGUCAUUCCUGUUGAGCGGCUCGCCAAGUGCAAGAUGCAAGAUAAUCUAGAAUUCCUUCAAUGGUCAAAAAAGUACUGGGAUCAGAUGUUUCCUGGUGGCGAUUAUAAUGCAAUGGCACGACGUGGCGGACAGUCGUCUGGGAGCAAUCUCAGUAACAGCACAUCCUCGCAUCAUGCAGCUCCAUCAGCAGCACGCGUGGUUUCGAGCACUGCACCUAAACGAGCGCCAGGUGCAGCAGGGCGGCCGGCAGUUGGCGCGGUUGCCAGGGCGCCUCCCGUCAACAGUGCACAGCUCGUGCAGCUCCAGGAGGAAGUGGAGGUGCUGCAUGAAACUGUUGCUGGCUUGGAAAAGGAGCGUGACUUUUAUUUCAAUAAGUUGCGGGAUAUUGAAAUCUUGAUUCAAGGUGCAGGAGAGGCAGACUCAGCUGCAGAGGAAGGCGGUCUUUUGAAGCGUAUUCAAGAAGUCCUCUACAGUACAGAAGACGGUUUCGAGGUGCCCGACAAUGAAGGCGAAGAUGGCUUGCAAGGGACUGAACAGGGACUGCAAGCACUGGAUGUGAAUGAUGAAGUGCAUGAGAACGACGACGAGGUCUUUUAGAUAUCAAAUUCUUGUUCCUCGCACAAUGUG